AGAAGGACUUUGUUCCACCCUCUGACCUCUCUGGUACUGUGGUGUAACCAUUUCUGUCUCUAAUGGUAGAAAACAUGUUUUUCGUCUUUGCCGUUUGUCUCAGUUUCUGUGUCGUUGGUCAAACUGAGUCCAACAAUGUGGACUCCUCGUACGUUGCUGCCGUGUACGAGCAUCGAGUAAUCCUGAACCCGGAGCCUCAUGUUCCUAUAUCCCGCUCCGCUGCCCUCCAGCACAUGCACAAGAACCUGGAUGUCUACCAGGAGCAGGCUGCCCUGGCUGCCCAGCAGGGUGCCCAGAUCCUGGUGUUUCCAGAGGAUGGUCUUCAGGGUUUCAACUUCACCCGUACGUCCAUCUCUAGCUACUUAGAAACCAUCCCUGACCCUCAGCAGGAGAGCUGGAACCCAUGCACAGAGCCGGGCAGAUACAACAAUACCGAGGUUCUCCAGCGGUUGAGCUGCAUGGCUCGUCGUUACAGCCUCUACCUGGUGGCCAACAUGGCCGACCUGCAGCCCUGCCCCCUGAUGACUGACCCCUCCUCGUCCUGUCCCUCUGAUGGACACUGGCAGUUCAACACCAACGUGGCUUUCAGCUCAGAUGGACUGUUGGUGGCACGCUAUCAUAAACACAACCUCUACUUCGAGGAGGCCUUUGACAGUCCGCCACAACCUGAAAUCAUCACAUUUGAUACACCUUUCGCUGGGAGGUUUGGUCUUAUCACCUGCUUCGACAUCCUGUUCCACAAGCCCACUGUUACCCUGCUGGAGAGGGGUGUGCGUCAGAUGAUCUUCCCCACAGCCUGGAUGAACCAGCUUCCUCUGCUGGACACCAUCCAGUUCCAGCAUGCAUUCAGCCUGGGUGCCAACAUCACCUUACUUGCAGCCAACAUUCGUGACGACCGACUGAUCAUGACAGGAAGUGGCAUCUACACUCCUUUUUCUGCCAUCUACCACCACGCCCAGAGAGGAGACCCAGAGGAGGGCAGGCUGCUGGUAGCCAAGGUGCCAGUCUUAGACCCACUGGGGGUGGGGCAGACCAUGGCCACAGAGGAGGAGGAGGAAGUUAGGAGUGAGUCCACAUCAUCUACAGCUGCAGACUCUGGAUUUUGUCACCAGGACAGCUGUUUUGAUGAUUCUCCUUCUCCUCCAGUCCCUCCCUUCUCCACCUUUACCUCAUCCAUGAUGUACGACCCUUUUAAAUUCGUCCUCUUGAACGCCACAGAGGGCGAACUGAAUGUGUGUGAUGGCGCUUUCUGCUGUCGCUUGCAGUACCAGCUGUUUAAGAGCAGCGAAGAGCUCUAUGCAUUGGGAGCAUUUGCUGGAACACACAUCAUCAACGGGCGUUACGCUGUACAAGUGUGUGCAGUAGUCCGCUGUGCAGGGUUGGAGACCAGUUCCUGUGGACAGGAAGUGGAAAAUGCAGAGACUAAAAUGGACUUCCUCUUGGAGGGGAAGUUUAAUACGAAAUAUGUGUACCCGUCAGUUCUGGCUAGCCGUCUGGUGCUAGAGCAGCCACAACAUCUGGAGAAGACUGCAAAUGGUCUGGUGACUAUGAAACAUUCAAACAUGACAGGUGGCCUGGUCACUGCCUGUCUGUACAGCCGCAUGUAUCAUCUGGACAAUGAAUAAACUGAGAGAUAUGAAACACAUGUUGACACCUGAUUUUAAAAAAUGAAUUUCUCUGACCAAAAAUUGCACACAUUUGUAUUGAGUCACAUUAUUUUAAACUUAAAAAAAAAUUAAAAACAAAUAUCUUUA